UUCCGGGCAGCGGGAGGGGAGGAAUGGCGGUCAACUGCCCCCCACAGCUCAGCGGCUCCAGUGUGCUGAUGUCAUAUGAUCAUGUGGAACUCUCAUUCGGUGACAUGGACAACAUGCCAGAUAUCUUCAAAGGCUCAAAGAAAGGAAGCGUUUACCUGAUGUUGUAUCAAGUGGUCUUUGUGACAAAGGAUAUGAGAGAGGCACUGAAGUCCUUCACAAUGCCAUUUUACCGGAUGAAGGGUUGUGAGGUCAAGCAGCCAAUGCUGGGUGCUAACUACAUCAAAGGGACAAUUAAUGCUGAAUCAGGAGGAGGCUGGGAAGGAUCAGCAACAUUUAAACUUACAUUUACCAGUGGUGGAGCAAUUGAAUUUGGACAGAGGAUGUUGCAGAUAGCAUCGCAGGCCUCCAGAGGUGAAAAUCCAGGUGACACAUACAGUUUUAUGGCAGGUGCUGCUUACAGUUAUACACCAUCUACGGAUUCUGGAAUAUAUCCCAUACCACUUUCCACAAACUAUCCUCCUCCUCCAAUUGGAUUUUACCCGGGGCCACCUCCAAUGGAUGAUGCCAUACGCUAUCUGCCUCCUCCUCCGCCUUAUCCAGGACCAAUGGCUUUUCCAAGUGCAUGUACGCAGAUGCCAAGCACCCCUGCAGAGAUGAAGGCUGCAGAAGCAGCAGCGAGCGGCUACAAUCCCAGCUGUGCCCCAGCUCCCAGGGAACAGCCGCCUCCAUACUCGCCUUCUGACCAAAAUCAACGACCACACAGUGAGGACCCAAGCAGUACCUUGCCUCCAAGUCAUCCCAACCAGAAUCAGUGAGCAUACAGCAAGAUGCCCACUCUGCAUUGCCCUAUCUAUACCCGUCCAACAGCUGCAGGAGGCUCUGUAUUGCCCCACACAUUACCAAGCAGAAUCAGUGAAUGUACAGACAUUACCCCUCAUUGGCUUUCCAUGCUUCUCUAUUGUCUGCUGAGCUGUUGAGACUGAAUACGUGAGUUCCGCAGAGGGCACGAACAUCGGCCCAUGAAAUCCGGACUUCAUCUUAGCACCCGACCCCACACGGGAGAGCAGCGAGGAACAUGCUCGCUCUUUCUCUGCACGUCAAUAAGAGAAUGGCAGGGUUGUACAUAGUGAAGAGAACGAUGAACUGCGACCAAUUUAUUUUGGGCAGAGGAGGACCAAUGAUGGGAUGUUAACUUCAGUGCUGUAUUACUAACGAGGCUCUGUUGAUAAAGGAUGUUUGUGUUGUUGA